CAGACGAAAUGGCCAGAUUUUUGCAAUUACUUCCGACAAAUUUUAUCCAAAACAAAGUCUCCGGUAAUGAUGGCUUCAGAGUUAGUACCUGAUCCUUUUAUUGACACUAACAUUAUGCAUCAACCACUUCAGCCCUCGCAGAAGAAAACUUGGCAGGAAAUCCGCCAGACCAUAAAAGCGGCCAGGAAAGCUCAGUCCACGAUCGCAAGCAAAGUGCCGCACAGUUUCACUUUCCGGCCGAUACUGACAGAAUAUGGCCUCUAUCCACGAUUAUACUUCCUGGGGAUACCUGACGGUUGCCGCGAAAAUACGCUCCUUUAUAGCGACCUCAUGUACGCCCACACCGGGGCCUACGAUCCUUUGACGCCCAAUCUAACGUGGCAUCCUAUUUUAGACAGCAUGGCAACACAACAUACGAAGAUGCUAUCAAAAGAAGAGCAGUUGUUACGCGAACGAAAGCGCAUGAGCCAUUUCGGGAUAACGUCGUACGAUGUUCACUCGGAUAGUGGCCAUUUUGUAUUCCCGAUGUCGGGUGGCCUGUAUGACUUUCAUGACAUGGACGUUGUGGCGGGGACGCCUGGGAACAUCUUGCCACAGCCGCUCGUCUCACGGGCAUCAAAUCCGAAAAUGGAUCCCAAAGUCUGCCCAAGAAACACCAAUCUCAUCGCAUUUAUAUCAUCCAAUGACAUCUGGACAUACAACUGCGGAAGCGGGGCAGAAAAACAACUGACGUUUUCCCACACUGGGUUGGAGCGCUGUAAAACGGACGUUAGGAGCGCCGGCGUGCCAUCUUUUGUAGUUCAAGAGGAGUUUGAUCGUUAUACUGGUUACUGGUGGAGACCCUCUGGCUCGCAGAAUAGAUACUCUAUCCUCUACGAAGAAGUGGAUGAAUCGGACGUGGAGCUGACCUAUAUUAUGUCAUCUUCGGAAGACGAGAGCGGUUACGAUGAGUAUCGGUAUCCAAGAGCCGGCACACCGAACGCAAAGAGCGAAUUGAAGAUUGUAGAGUUUGAAAUUAAUGAAACGACUGGCGAGAUUGACAAAGUUGUCCACAGGCAUCUUACUGAACCCCUGAUGUGUUCAUUCCCGUGGAUGGAGUAUCUAGUCCGUGCCGGUUGGACGCCCGAUGGUGCUUACAUCUGGUGUGAGCUCCUUGACCGAGUACAGCAACGCCUUGAGUUGAUUCUCAUCCCGCCAGAGUGUUUCGUGUCAGAGGGCGCAGAUUUUCACAUGAAUAGUCUCGAGAGUGGUCCGUCUCCUGCACCACAAGUGAUAUACAGCGAUACCUCAGAUAUGUGGGUUAACACCCACGAUAUUCUACACUUCUUCCCCCAGCACUUGCCAGACAGAAUCAGCUUCAUCUGGUUGAGUGAAAAGACUGGUUUUUCGCACCUGUACUGCGUGACGUCGCAGAUCAACCCAAUAGGGGGCACCACCAGUCAAGAGUCAGCAAUGGAUCUGGUGCGGAAUCACCAAGAAUCCACGGCACCAAAUGUGAUAAACGAAAUUCCGCUGACGUCGGGUGACUGGGAGGUCAUAGGGAAACAGUUCUGGGUGGACAGCGCUAGGAGCCUACUUUACUUUAUGGGCCUUAAAGACACCCCACUGGAAACUCACUUAUAUGUCACACCGUAUACCCAUCCAGGAAGUAUACAACGGCUGACGGAAUUAGGAUACUCUCACUCUAUCUCGAUGGAUGCGGACUGUAAGAUGUUUGUAAGCGUCUACAGUAGUAUAUCAACCAGCCCCUGUUGCUAUGUCUAUAAGUUGGUAAUCAAUGAUGAAAAGUCGGUGACUUCUCAAGUCGGGGGCUGUUUGCUAGAAUCACAGACACCAGAGAACUAUCAAGCGCCCGAAAUUUUCAAAUUCAAAAGCCAGACGGGCAACAUGCUGCACGGAAUGAUGUACCGACCUCAUAACUUUGAAGAAGGAAAGAAGUACCCCGUUAUCCAGUUCGUGUAUGGCGGUCCCCAGGUUCAGCUAGUGACAAACGCGUACAAGGGGACGAGGUUUCUCCGUCUGCACAUUCUUGCCACGUUGGGAUACGCCGUCGUCGUGAUUGACGGACGAGGAUCGGUGAAUCGUGGUUUGGCAUUCGAGAGUCAUUUGAAAUUCAGAAUGGGGAUGGUAGAAAUUGAUGAUCAGGUGGAAGGGCUGAAGUGGGUGUCGCGAAAUUACGCCAACUAUUUGGACCUGACACGCGUUGCGAUACACGGGUGGUCAUACGGUGGCUAUUUGUCUUUGAUGGGUUUGACGCAACGACCAGAUGUGUACAGGCUAGCAAUCGCAGGUGCUCCCGUCACCUGCUGGGAGCUUUACGAUACGGGCUACACGGAACGCUACAUGAGUUUACCGUCAAAAAAUCCUGAAGGGUACAAGCAAGGAUCGGUGCUAGAAAACGUUGACAAAUUCCCAACAGAGGAAAACCGUCUGCUGAUUGUCCACGGCCUCAUCGAUGAGAAUGUACACUUUAAACACACGAAUAAGUUAGUAAACGCGUUGAUCAAGGCGUGUAAACCCUACCAUAUACAGGUCUACCCUAACGAACGCCAUGGGAUACGUAGCCAGGAAGCUAAUGAACAUUAUGAAACUAUGCUAAUUAGUUUCCUGCAAGAGCAUUUAUAGCAGAAGAAUACGAUAGUUGUGUAGGUGAAUUUACUAAUGAAAUGUUUGGUUGGUGAUUGGUUAUGAUAUGAAGUGGCAAUCCAUUACCUAUUUGCUGUAGAGAGGGUGCCAUGCCAUGUUUAUAGUGGGUGCCAUGCCAUGUUUAGUGUGGGUGCCAUGCCAUGUUUAGUGUGGGUGCCAUGCCAUGUUUAUAGUGGGUGCCAUGCCAUGUUUAGUGUGGGUGCCAUGCCAUGUUUAGUGUGGGUGCCAUGCCAUGUUUAGUGUGGGUGCCAUGCCAUGUUCAGAGAGUGUGACAUGCCAUGUUAAGAGAGGGUGGCAUGCCAUGUUUAUAGUGGGUGACAUGCCAUGUUUAUAGUGGGUGCCAUGCCAUGUUUAGUGUGGGUGACAUGCCAUGUUUAGUGUGGGUGGCAUGCCAUGUUUAGUGUGCGUGCCAUGCCAUGUUUAGAGAGGGUGGCAUGCCGUGUUCAGAGAGUGUGUGACCGAGUGCUGGUGAAUUUAAAGUCAAGAGGGGCAUGACAUGCUCUGCACAUCAUCCACAGGUCGUGGGGGAAUGUGUAUGAUAAUCACAGCGCGUCAUCUGCAGCAAAAUGGUUGAAAUGUGUUUACAGCAGUGAAGGGAAGAUGUCUCCACUUGUAGGAGAGUGAAUUCUCAAUUGGUGGGUUUGGACAAGGAGUUGUAUUGAUAACAAAUCCCUGGUUUGGGCUUUGGGCCUACGAAAUUGUUAGAAAUUGAACAGUUAACGCUUUGGGACUACUCCAGGUUAGGCUGUAGAAUGACAUGGCAUGUAGUUAACUUAUAAAGUGAUGUAAUAUGUGUAAUUUGUCCCGUAAAUGUAGCAAAUAUUGUAAUCGCAAAAUUGUCUGCGGCGCAAAUUAAUUUCAGAGAUGUCCUGAAUUUCCAACCAGUCUUGAAAUUUUUUUCAAAUCCCUUAAUUUUUUUCAGGGAUUUUAGGGUAUUUGAGUCUCAAUUCAUUUUUCCAAGAGAAAAAAAUAUGACAAAUGUCAUAUAAUUUAUUACUCUUGGUCGUUAGCACAAAAGUGUAACGUCUGCUUCGCACACCUCCCCCCUAAAUGUUGAUCCUUGUACUCAGAGUUUGACGUGCGACCUCAUUGUCCAUUGUGACCUUGACCUCAUUGUCCAUUGUGACCUUGACCUCAUUGUCCAUUGUGACCUUGACCUCAUAGUCCAUUGUGACCUUGACCUCAUGUACAUUGAUGUGAUUCCUGUACAGUGUAUUAAUUUUAGAAUAACCUGGUGAAAUGGAAUGAACAAAUUUGUUAAUAAAAUGUGUAACUUAUUGAUAAA